AUGGUAAUUAAUUCAAAUUCGACGGUUCAACUUGAAAAUAUUCAUGCGGUGAUACCAUCAAAUCGUAGUCGGCCACAAUCAGUUCCAAAUUUAUCAUCUAGAUCACCGAAAAAUUCACCAAAUCGUUCUCAUAAAGAAGGAAAACAACAUGUUUAUCGUCAAAAAUUUAUUAUUGACAAACCGCCAUUUCACAAUUUUGCUUCCGCAUAUAUUAAUCCAUAUCGUUCUUUAACACCUAUUAUAAUCAAUCAAAACCCUCGUCAUCGUUUGAAAAUUAGAAAACAUUUAAAGCGAAAACAUAAAAAACAAGAAAUAUCAAAUAAUUCAACGCAUGAACAAGAAAACGAAAGUGAAGAAACUUUAUUUACAGCACAACUUAUUCAGAACACAAAGCCUAUUGAUUUAUGGCCGUCAGAUCCAAACAGUUUCGAUAUGGAAUUUAUACGUCAACGUCAAAUGGCUAUUGAUAAUGCAUCAUAUCGUGAAACAAUUCAUUCGUGGAAACCUCCAUCACUUGAUCAUUUGACUGCAUUAAUUAAAGACUUAAUAACAGACAAAAAUGUUAUUGAACAAGUUUGGAUUAUCUUCUAUUGGAUUUCUCAAAAUAUUCUCUAUGAUGUUGAUCCUGAUCGUGAAAUUUUUAAACAGAAACCUGAUGAAAUUUUUCAUUCACGUCAAACUACCUAUGAAGGUUAUGUUGCAUUAUUUAAAACCUUAUGCAAUAAUAUCAGUAUAAAAUGUAUUGACAUUCCCGGUUAUGCAAAAGACUUUCAUUUUAAGAUAAAUCAAUCAACAUUUCCGCAUAUUAAUCAUAUUUGGAAUGCUGUACAACUCAACGGUAAUAAUUGGUAUCUUAUUGAUUCAGUUUUCGGCAGUGGAUACAUUGACAAUAAAUAUCGAUAUAAAAAACAUCUUAAUAUCCAUUAUUUUCUAACUCGUCCAGAACAUAUGAUUUAUAAUCAUUUACCAGAAGAUUCUCAAUGGCAAUUUCUAUCAAAACCUAUUUCUAUGUUCAAUUAUUUUUGUUUACCAUAUUUGCAUUCAUACUAUUUUAUUUUUAAUCUUACAAUUAUUUCGCCAAGAUUUUCUAGUAUGGUUCUUUUCGAUAAAUACCAAUCGUAUGCUGAAGUAUUAAUUCAAGCCCCCAAUGAUAUUCAAUUAUCAUGUUCAAUCAAAAAUGAUAAUAAAAGCACUUGUCUUUCGCAAUAUGAUAGUAAUCGUCAACUUUGGCAAUGUUUAUUUGCACCGUAUAAAAAUGGCUUUCAUACUUUAAUUAUCUAUGCCAAUCGUUUAGUAGUAUCCAGUAUGUUAAUUAAUGUUAUUCAAUUAGGUCUUGAAGUAUCAUCGAAAGAUUUUAUUCGAAAAAAAGUAUUACCAACAACUUAUCGAAAAUUUAUUGAAAAUAAAUGUCAAAUAUUUUCACCCCUGGAUGCUGUUCUUAAAUCUGGAACGAAAAUAACGAUUCAUUGUCGUAUUCCUAAUGCACUCUAUGUAAGAAUCUCACUUGAUGGAGUUUGGUUAGAAGAAAUUGCGUUAAAAAAUGAGAUAUUCAAACAACAAAUUACGGUACCGGAACGAGAAAUAAUUGUAUACGCUCAAUUUAAGAAUGCACAAUUAACACAUACAUAUAAUGGACUUGUUCGAUAUUUAGUAGAAAAAUAA